AUGGAUUUAGACAACUUUAACUUAAUCGCGUGGAAUAUAAGAGGAGGCGUUGGAGUCCGUGAACGUAGGAGGGUGAAGGAUUUAAUUCAAAAUUUUCACCCAUCCUUAUUUGCUAUUUGUGAGACACACUGUAAGUUUGAGAGAGUUGCUAAUUUCUGGCAGCAGCAGGGAUAUGAAUUGAUUCACGAGGUGGAGGCGAUGGGCCAUAGGGGAGGGUUAUGGGUGCUUGCAACAACUAACCGAACCUUUGCAGUCACUUUCCUAGAAGCGUUGGAGCAGACAUUGUCAGUGGCAAUCACUACGGCUAGACGGAGAUGGGUGUGCACAACAAUCUAUGCAAGCCCUAAUCCCAACAAGCGUAUUGAGCUUUGGGCGCAUCUCAUAGAGCUACAACAGAGGGUCAAUGAUCUGUGGUUAGCUCUAGGGGAUUGGAAUGAGAUAUGUUCACUGUCAGAGGUUGUUGGCGGGGACUUCUCAACAACAAGGGCUUCUAAUAUGCUGAACAUGUUGGAGGCCUGCAAUUUUAUUGAUCUAGGGUUCAUGGGCUCCAAAUUCACUUGGGAACAACGAGUGAAUGGACGGCGAGCAGUAGCAAAGCGGCUGGAUAGGGCCCUUGGGGAUGUAGCAUGGAGGCUAUGCUUUCCUGAGGCCUAUGUAGAGCACUUGGCUCGUGUCUACUCAGAUCAUUCACCUUUGCUCCUCCGGUGUCAUGCACCAACUGGGGAUCGUGGGUGUCUCAUCCUUCGUUUGAGAGCGUGGCGGAAGCGUCGAGUAGAACGCCGCCUUCAGGGUAUCCAACAGGAACAGGACUGGAGAGAUUCAGAGUCUCUUGCUAGAUUGGAGAGAGAUCUGCAGAAGGAGUAUGGGGAUAUACUAUACCAGGAGGAGAUGCUGUGGUUCCAAAAAUCUAGAGAGAACUGGGUCAGAUUUGGGGACCGGAACACUAAGUUUUUCCAUGCACAAACAGUGGUGCGGAGGAAGAGAAAUAAAAUCCAUGGCCUGUUUUUGGAGGAUGGGAACUGGUGCACUAACUUGUUUUCUCUUGAUGUUCAGGUUCGGCGAAAUCGGAUAAUGGAGAACCAAACACCCGCUAUCCCGAUGGAGGAGAGAGACAAGUUGGUAGCCCCAGUUUCUUUGGAAGAAGUCAGGAGUGCAAUCAUGUCCAUGAAGUCCUUCAAAGCACCUGGACCAGAUGGCUUCCAUGCCUAUUUCUACAAACAGUAUUGGCAUAUCCUGGGUGAAGAUCUCCACCACAUGGUUGCAUCAGCUUUCCAGAAUGGUGGAGCAAAUCCGGAGCUCUUAGCAACACUUCUUGUUCUCAUUCCUAAAGUGGACAACCCAACCAAACUGAAGGACUUGAGACCAAUAAGCCUUUGUAAUGUUUCUUAUAAACUAAUUACUAAAGUUCUUGUGAACAAGUUCAGGCCCCUACUUCACAAGCUCGUGAGCCCCCUACAAGGUAGCUUCAUCCCGGGGAGAGGAACUAGGGAUAAUAUAAUCUUGGCUCAAGAGGUUAUGCAUACAAUCCACACUAGGAAAACCGGAGGCGGGCUAGUUGCACUCAAAAUUGACUUGGAGAAAGCUUAUGAUAGGGUUAAUUGGGACUUCCUUCGGGCCACACUCUAUGACUUUGGGUUUCCCCCAAGGACUGUAGACCUCAUCAUGUGGGGUGUGAGGACUCCGGCAGUGUCAGUGUUGUGGAACGGUUCGAAAUUGCCCUCUUUUCCUCUUCAACGAGGGCUGCGCCAAGGAGAUCCUCUAUCACCUUAUCUUUUUGUGCUUUGUAUGGAGCGACUAGCGAUUCAGAUUCAUAAUUUAGUAGAGGAAGGAAAAUGGCGGCCAGUGCGUGUGAGUAAGGAUGGGGUUGGUAUUUCUCACCUCUUCUUCGCCGACGACGUGCUUCUAUUUUGCCAAGCAUCCAAAGACCAACUUCGACUCAUCAAGCACACUCUAGCAGACUUCUGUGAAGCGUCUGGCAUGAAGGUUAACCUUGAGAAGUCAAGGAUGCUUUUCUCGAAGGUUGUAGGUCAACGGAGGCAACGAGAAUUGUCAGGGUUGGUUGGUAUCUCACGAGCCAGCAACCUUGGCAAGUAUCUUGGACUUCCUAUCCUCCAAGGAAGGGUCAAGAGAGAUCACCUUGCCACAAUCAUUGAAAAGGUAAAUACAAGACUUGCUUCCUGGAAGAAUAACCUUUUAAACAAGGCUGGAAGAGUUUGCUUGGCUAAGUCAAUUUUAUCUUCUCUACCGGUUCAUGCUAUGCAAUCCCUUUGGUUACCUGAUUCUGUGUGUAAUCAUGUGGAUAAAAUGGUGCGAAAUUGUAUUUGGGGAAAAGGAGGAAAUGCACGCAGUUGGCAUCUUGUGGCUUGGAAAGAUGUAACACAAUCAAAAGCUAAAGGGGGAUUGGGCCUUAGGAGCGCCAGGAAAAAUAAUGAGGCACUGUUGGGAAAAUUGGUUCAUGGCUUCUUGAAUGAGAAGGGGAAAUUAUGGGUGCAAGCUUUAUCUCAAAAAUAUAUUAAAUCAGGAUCAAUAUUGACGGAAGAAUUGAGACCAGGGGGAUCAUAUGUGUGGAGAGGAAUUUUGAAAGCAAGGGACUCUGUUUCAGAUGGGUUUGGCCCUAGACUUGGUGCAGGUUCCUCUUCCCUUUGGUAUUCUAACUGGCUUGGCACAGGAAAAAUUGCAAGCAGGAUUCCUUUUGUGCACAUCACGGAUACAACACUAACUGUGGCUGACAUUUGGCGUCAAGGUGCUUGGAAUUUUGAUAGACUAUACACGUUGUUGCCCCAAGAAAUCAGAGAGGAGAUAUCAUCUGUGCAAAUAUCCAGCAUACAAACAGGUGAGGAUAGAAUUCUAUGGCGUGAAGCUAGCGACGGCAUCUAUUCAGCAUCAUCGGCUUAUCAGUUUCUGAACGAUGAUGGUUUACCAGAAACCGGGUUUUGGAAGUUAAUUUGGAAGGCCUCGACACCAGAGAAGGUGCGAUUCUUUCUCUGGUUGGUGGGCAGAGAUGCGCUACCCACAAAUGCAAAACGACAUCGCCAUCACCUUGCUACCACGGCUUCUUGUAUCAGAUGUGGAGCGGCUGUUGAAGAUGCAGAGCAUGUGCUCCGCCGCUGCCCUGGUUCCGUCUGGGUUCGCGACCAAUUGGGAAGGCUUCUACCAUGGAUUUCAGAUUCUGCAACUUUCCGCCACUGGUUAUUUGGUCACCUUCAGAAUAGAGAUAAUACUCUGUUUUGCGCCAUGGCAUGGAAUCUCUGGAAGUGGAGAAACUCUUUCGUGUUUGAGCAGGUAAAUAGAAUGGGGGGUGGAGGUGUACUUCUGGAUGAAAUUGGCCGCUGGAUUUGUGGUUUCGCAGCAAGUUUAGGUGGCGGUGAUGCUCUCAAGUCGGAACUCUUGGCAAUGAAGAAGGGUCUGACGCAUGUUUGGGAGAUGGGAAUUAAAUCUGUUACUUGCUACACAGAUUGCCUGGAAGCUCAGCAAAUCAUUACAAGCAAUAAGGGCGUGGACACUUAUUGGCACAAAGAUGAGAUUAUUGCUAUUCGAACAUUGCUUAACAAGGAAUGGAGAGUGUCUGUUAAUUAUGUACCCCGGGAACGGAACCAAGUUGCUGAUGCCCUCGCCAAGCUCGCUGUUAAUGAGAAUUGGGAUUGGAAGCUCUGGUCUCAACCACCACCAACAGUGAUAUCCCUGCUAUGUCAGGACGUUUUUAGCUAG